AUGACUCAAUUCCCUGUCAACAUCGCCAGCGACAAGGACGAGUUUGAUCCGGAGCACUGGACAAGCACAGGCACAAGCAAUGGCAAUCGUCUUCCAACCCGCCACCCCGAAACUGGAAUCAGCGUUCUGAUUGUCGGUGCUGGUAUGGGCGGGCUCAUGACUGCUCUCGAAUGCUGGAGGAAGGGCCAUACGGUCGUGGGAAUCCUUGAGCGGAAUGAGGGGCCUGUUUAUUCUGGAGACAUCAUUGUCAUGCAACCCCCGGCCGUCUCUAUCAUUCGCCACUGGCCUGACAUGUGCCGCGACAUGGAAGAAGAGCAGGUCCACGCUGCCGUUAGCUACGAGACCCACGGUGGACGGCAUAUCUACGGUCCUACCGUGCCCUCAUUCAACGACCCGGAACACCUCGCAAGUCGGAAAGGCCCAUUCGUUGCCCCCGCCCAGGUCCGGCGGAAGUUCUACCGCAUGCUACUACGGCAAGUCGCCAAGAUAGGUCUACGGGUUGAGUACGGAAGCCCCGUGCAGAGUUACUUUGAGGACCAGGGCGCGGCGAAGGGCGGCGUUGUCCUCGAGAACACCGGCGCGAUUCGUCUGGCGGAUGUAGUCGUCGCAGCGGAUGGGCUGAAAUCCUCAUCGGAGAUUCUCAUCGCGGGCGAGCAUGUCCCCACCAAGUCCAGCGGGUUGAGCAUCUAUCGGACUGCGUUCCCCAAAGAACUCGCGAUGAGAAACGAGGCCGUGAGGAAGCGCUGGGGCAAUUCUCCGCCUGUAUGGGAGUACUGGCUUGGACCGGGGAUGUACCUCGGCGUAUUCGUAGGCGAGGACAUCAUCUCGUUCGGGUUCACGCCGCGCGACGUUCAGGGCAUGGCUACAGAGUCAUGGGAGCCAGAUACAGAUCCGGAAGAUGUGGCGAGGGCGAUGCUUCGCGUGCCGGACUGGGACCCCGCGGUGUUGGCGCUAAUUCGGAGUGCGCCGCAGGGUGCGAUCGUGCACUGGCCGCUACUGUGGCGAGAUCUUCGGCGCGAGUGGACGUCGCCGGCGGGCCAUGUGGUGCAGGUUGGGGAUAGUGCGCAUAGCUUUAUCCCGACAUCGGGGAAUGGGGGGUCGCAGGCGCUGGAAGACGCCAUUACGUUGGCGACAUGUUUGCAGUUAGGUGGAGGUGUGAGGAAUGCGCCACUCGCGACGAAGGUGUACAACCUGCUGAGGUAUGAGCGAGUGAGUUGUGCGCAGAAGAUGUCGUUCGUCAAUUCGCAGCUCAAGACUGCGACUGACUGGGAUGCUAUCUGGAAGGAUCCAGCUAAGAUACGGACACGGUUUCCGAGUUGGAUCUUUAAGCAUGACCCGGAGGCAUAUGCUUAUGAGAAAUAUGGGCAAGCAUUUGCGCAUCUGAUUUCUGGGGCGGAGUUUGCCAAUACCAAUUUCCCUCCUGGGCAUGAGUUUAGGCCCUGGACGGUGGAGGAGGUAUGGCGGGAUAUCGAGGAUGGGAAGAGGGUGGAGGAUCUUCUUGAUGGCGAUUGGUCUUGA